UUUACCUUGCUAGAACAAAACACAAUAUUUUAACAUUUCUCCCUCCCCCUUCCCUCCAUUCCAUCCAAACCUAUAUUGUGAUUGUUCAUGUUGUUGUUUUCACUAUCACAUAAAUCACACACAGAGUUUACGUUGUUACCAUAAUAAUUAAUGCUGACUCAGUUUCACUGGCUCCAUUCUGAACUCACCAACGUUUGUAAGUCCCUAUUACGUGUGAAGCAGUUACAUGCUUGUCUUUUGAAAACCCAUCUCUCAAAAGACCCUUUUUAUGCUACUCAAAUCAUUAGACUUUAUGCAUUUAACAAUCACAUUAACUAUGCACACCACGUGUUCGACAAAACUUCCACCCGAAGUGUUUUCCUUUGGAAUUCCAUGAUUCGAGCUUUUGCCAAGGCUCGAAGAUUCAGCAACGCAAUUUCUUUAUUUAGAACCAUGCUUGUGGAUGAUAUAAGGCCUGAUAAUUAUACAUAUGCUUGUGCUAUACGUGCGUGCGCUGAUAGCUUUGAUUUUGGUAUGCUAAGAGUUGUUCAUGGAAGUGCUGUGUCUGUUGGGUUGGGACUUGACCCUAUUUGUUGCAGUGCACUUGUGAGUGCUUAUUCAAAACUUGGCGUGGUUCAUGAAGCGCGUAGAGUGUUUGACGGGAUUGUUGAACCGGAUUUAGUUUUGUGGAACUCGUUGAUUUCUGCUUAUGGGGGUUCUGGAAUGUGGGAGAUAGGGAUUCAGAUGUUUAGCUCAAUGAGACUUGCUGGGAAGAAGCCUGAUGGGUUUACAUUGGCUGGGUUGCUUGGAGGUAUUGCAGAUUCUAGCUUGCUGAGCAUUGGACAAGAAUUACAUGGUUUGAGUCAAAAGAGUGGUCUUGAUUCUGAUUGUCAUGUAGGUAGUUUACUUGUGAGUAUGUACUCGAGAUGUAAGUGCAUAGAUUCAGCAUAUAGAGUCUUUUGCGGUAUAUUCAAUCCUGAUUUGGUUACAUGGUCUGCUCUAAUAUCUGGAUAUUCUCAGUGUGGGGAGUAUCAGAAAGCAUUGCUCUUUUUCAGGAAAUUAAACAUGAAGAGCAAGAAACUGGAUUCUGUUUUGAUUGCCACUGUGUUGGCUUCUAUAACUCAGAUGGCGAAUGUACUACCAGGAUGUGAGAUACAUGGUUAUGUUCUUCGGCAUGGAUUGGAAUCAGAUGUCAAGGUCUCCUCCGCUCUCAUAGACAUGUAUUCAAAGUGUGGUUUCCUGCACUUGGGGACUUGUGUGUUCAGGAUAAUGUUAGAACGGAAUAUAAUUUCUUAUAAUUCAAUGAUUUUAGCUUAUGGCUUGCAUGGAUGUGCUUCUCAGGCUUUCACGAUGUUUGAUGAGAUGCUGCAGAAAGGAUUGGUACCUGAUGAAGGAACAUUCUCUGCUCUCCUUUCUGCUUGUUGUCAUGCUGGCCUGGUCAAAGAUGGCCGGGAGUUAUUCUGGAGAAUGAAAGAUGAAUUCAACAUCAAAGCUAGACCUGAGCACUAUGUUUACAUGGUGAAGCUUCUUGGCGGUGUUGGAGAGUUAGAAGAGGCCUACAAUCUCACUCAGUCCUUACCCAAACCAGUAGACAAGGCCAUCCUGGGAGCUUUAUUAUCAUGCUGUGAUUCUUAUGGGAAUUCUGAGUUGGCAGAAACCGUAGCUCAGCAGAUUUUCAAAAGUAAUCCCGCUGACAAUGUUUACAGGGUUAUGCUUUCGAAUAUAUAUGCUGGCGAUGGGAGGUGGGAUGAUGUGAAGAAGUUGAGGGACAAAAUGGUCGGAGGUCAGAAGAAAAUGCGUGGAGUUAGCUGGAUCGAAGGCAGUUAUUAUUAAUUCUAAAAAUGUAGAUGCGUGCAACAAAAUUGAUAGGCCGUAACUGCCGCCAGAUAUGAUGAAGCAUCUCAGAAAGAAUUUGAACACCGGCUCCUUUUGGUGCAACUUUAAGUGAUUUUUUUUGCUGAACCAAUUGGAAACUCCAAUAAAUAGAUCAGGAAACAGAAACCAUGUACCAGGUUCUUGCUGAUGACUUCAAUUCAUUCAUAGAUUGAAAAUAGGGGAAAUUUCUGCAUCAUAGAUAACUUGUAAGUGCACAAUCCUCAGAUUAAUAAUUUAUGUUCCAAAGUCCAAAUGGCACUCUGGACUUAUAUGAAAUUUGUAAUUAAUAAAGCCACUCUUUUGAUAUAAAAGUUUAGGGUCCACAGAUUUUGUUCCAUUACAAAGUUGGGGAAUGCCACAAACAAAAAAGAGGGACGAGAGGGAUGUUUAAAUUUUGCAUAAUAUGGUACAUGCUUUGGAACCUAUACUCACUAUUUCUAAUAACUAUUUUGAAUAUGAUGUUUUCAAUACAAAAUCAAACCUGAAUGCUUAAACUGUUUUAUUUCCUCAUCGGUUUGACUUGUGAAUUUUGUAAUCAUGUACGUAAAAUAGAUUAGCUGUUCAAUCAUGAAAUCCCAAUAUACUUGUCCAUAUUUUACAUUUUCUCAAAGAGAUAGUAUUUAUGUUCCAAUCACCUAGGGCUGUUUGUUUGUAGUGUCCCUCAAAUGAUAGUGAUCUUCUAUCAUUUCCCUCAAGAUGCCGUCUAUUUUAAUUGACAUCAUUGAUGAUGUAUUUGAAUACUAUGUUGGCUUUUAUGAGCAACUAUUUUUUUGGGUUCCGCUUUUCUCAUAUAGUUGUGAAUAAGUUAAAUAUCUGUAAUUCAGGCAAAAAAAAAAUUAUUUGUUUUGUGCUUAUAUGGAGGAACUGUCACGUCUAAUCUACUGGCCUCAUACAUGCUGCUGAACGAAUACCUAUUGUCUAUUGAUAAGUUGUGUUAGGAUUUAUACAAAUUUAGCUCCUUUGUUGCAAGGCUUCAGAGCUCUGUAAUCUGUUUAAUAAAUAUGAUAUAUUCAUAGAUGGUACAUGGCAGUGACCCCUGGUUGUUUCCUUCAAUAUAAUGGAUUGAUAUCUUAAUCUUUUUUACCUUUCUCAAAGUCAUGUCUUGUCUACAAUGUUACAUUUGGCUUUUUAGGAGACUAAUUUUCUAUUUUUAAUUGCAUAUGCAUGUUUUAGACUUCAAUUCGAUCAUUUAUUAUACGUUUAUGAUUCAUUUGGGAAUAUGUUUCAAUUUCUUUCUUGCUAAAUCAUAUUGUUCUUUCUUUGCUCUUGGGUUGAAUGUCUUUUAGUCUUCAGUGAUUCACAAAUUUUAAUUGAUGCUUAAAAAUGAAUUUUAUGUUAUUGAAUUGUACAGUCUAUAGUAGUUUGAAUUUGCACGCUAGUAGACAGGAAUAAAAGGAAGCCAAUAGAAGAGGCAGAAUGAUAGAGCGAUUUGGUGGUUCAGAGGAAAAUUAUUAGGGUUGGAGUGAUUAGUGGUUGUGGGUUCAAUCCCUUCGUUAAUAUUUGUAACAACUAAUUGUCAUUAAAAAAACACUGCAGUUUCAGGCUUAGAGCAGUUAGAUUAGAUAGAUGGAAAAUGUCAAUUAAAAUUGUUCGGUUGUUAGAUGGAUAGAGGCUUGCCUUAAAUUGGGGGCAGGGGCAGAAGAGGGGAUUCUUGUUGAAGUCUGGGGAACAACUGAGAGCAACAAUAGGCAAAAGACCUGAACACUGCAUUUCCACCCAAAAUCUUAAGGCAUCGAGUAUAUGGAUCGAGCAACAAUAGGCAUCGAGUAUAUGGAUCACAUCUCUUAUAUAUCUUUGAUUUAUCUCAUUCCUUGUCGAUGUGAGAUUAUUCAAUAACAAGCUAAAGAUCUGGACCACCAAAAGACCUAGACACCACAGUUCUAAUCUCUGUAACAUAUACCCCCACCCCAAUAGAGAGAGGGAAGAAAACUAAUGUUUGGGAUUGAAAGUGUUGAUUAACUUCAAUGAAAUUUCCCUAAUAAACUUUCACAUGGAUCAUUUCAUCAAUAAGUAUAUAUAACUAACGCAGAAAACAAUAUUAUGUAAUCAUUUCGUCUCUCUAGAUAUUAACGUAGCUCUUCAAUCUUGCACAUUUUCGUUGAAUUUGGUUCAUAUAUUUAAUUUAUUGUGAGUUUAUUACAUAAUUACACUCUUUGAGA